UGUCGUGGUGGUAUAUAACCCCCAGUGGUUCCUGACUAAGAAGCACACUCGACAGAGCGUCCCACCACUACAUCCGCUAGGGGCUCACGAGACAUACGCACUAUGUCGACCAAGGUAGUCGUCAUAGCCAUCGUAGUGCUUUUGGCCAACAAGUCUUACGGGGACGUCACUAACACUGGUGAAACAUGUGGCUGUAAAAGUAACUCCAGAGUACACAACGAUAGUCAUGGUAUGAAAAUCAGUAGCUCUAGAGGACAUGGAGCCCAUAGUUCAGGUGGCAACGGAGGACAGAGUGCAGGCUACGGAGGACAGAGUGCUGGCUACGGAGGACAGAGUGCUGGCUAUGGAGCACAAAGCAUGGGAAAAGGAGGUUGCAGCACUGGGCACGGCGGACAGAGCUCUGGCCAUGGAGGUCAGAGUACUGGCCAUGGAGGACAGAGUAAUGGCUUCGGAGGACAGAGUUCUGGUUAUGGAGGAAAAAGCACCGGAAAAGGAGGUUACAGCACUGGCCACGGAGGACUAAGUUCUGGUCAUGGAGGACAGAGCUCUGGCUACGGAGGACAGAGCUCUGGCCAUGGAGGACAGAGUACUGGUCAUGGAGGUCAGAGUACUGGUCAUGGAGGACAGAGUACUGGCUACGGAGGACAGAGUUCAGGCUAUGGAGGAAAAAGCACCGGAAAAGGAGGUUACAGCACUGGCCAUGGAGGACAGAGUUCUGGCCAUGGUGGUCAGAGUACUGGCCAUGGAGGACAGAGUAAUGGCUACGGAGGACAGAGUUCUGGCUAUGGAGGAAAAAGCACCGGAAAAGGAGGUUGCAGUACUGGCCACGGUGGACAGAGCUCUGGCCAUGGAGGACAGAGUACUGGCCAUGGAGGACAGAGUACUGGCCAUGGAGGACUGAGUACUGGCCUUGGAGGUCAGAGUUCUGGCUAUGGAGGAAAAAGCAUCGGAAAAGGAGGUUCCAGCAUUGGCCACGGCGGACAGAGUUCUGGUCAUGGGGGUCAGAGUACUGGUCAUGGAGGUCAGAGUACUGGUCAUGGAGGACAGAGUACUGGCUACGGAGGACAGAGUAAUGGCUAUGGAGGAAAAAGCAUCGGAAAAGGUGGUUCUAGCAUUGGCCACGGCGGACAAAGUUCUGGCCAUGGAGGUCAGAGUACUGGCCACGGAGGACAGAGUACCGGCCAUGGAGGACUGAGUUCUGGCUACGGAGGACAGAGUACUGGCUACGGUGGACAGAGUACUGGCCUUGGAGGACAGAGUAGUGGCUACGGAGGACAGAGUACUGGCUAUGGAGGAAAAAGCAUCGGAAAAGGAGGUUCUAGCAUUGGCCACGGCGGACAGAGUUCUGGUUAUGGAGGUCAGAGUACUGGCCACGGAGGACAGAGUACCGGCCAUGGAGGACUGAGUUCUGGCUACGGAGGACAGAGUACUGGCUACGGUGGACAGAGUACUGGCCUUGGAGGUCAUAGUACUGGCCAUGGAGGACAGAGUACUGGCUAUGGAGGACAUAGUAUUGGCUACGGAGGACACAGUAUUGGCAUUGCAGGACAGAGUACUGGCUAUGGAGGACAUAGUAUUGGCUACGGAGGACACAGUAUUGGCCUUGCAGGACAGAGUACUGGCUAUGGAGGAAAAAGCAUUGGAAUAGGAGGUUGCAGCAUUUCCCACCAAGGAAAAAGCAGUUCUCACGUAGGUAAAAGUUAUGGAAUAGCAGGUCACAGCUUUCCCUACGGAGGACAAAUAAUCGGUUACGGUGGCCUCAGUUAUGGUCUUGGAGGAAACAUUUAUGAUCUUAGGAGUCACAUCUAUAACAGCCAUGGUUUCGCCCUAACAGGCAACAGCAAAGGCUCCCAUAGCCAUCAUUUUGACGUCGACGACCACGAUGAUGAUGAAGACGACAUUGAUGACGACGACGACGAUGAUGACGACGACGAUGAUGACGACGACGACGACGAUGAUGAUGAUGGGGACGACGAUGACGAUCGUGACACUGAUGAAGAUAAGGACUAGUGUAUAAUGAAUGCAAAUAAAAUAAUUUUUAAUAUUUUACACUACAGUUCCCGGAAGACUGGACUGGUAUUGCUUUGAAAUAGCUUCUUUAAUGUUUGUUUUCUAUAUAUGAACAUGUUUAUUAAGACAUAGAGACUAUUGCUUACAAACUCAUGAAUAUGUCACACAGCCUUCAUUUUAGUUGGUUGCAAUUGCUCCGAAUCAGUGAAAUUAGACUGAGAAGUAGUUGAAACAGCUCCUUUUUGAGAACUAGACUUUUACAGUUGGUUCUGUUAUUAAAUGUUAUUUUUUCAUCGGUUUUUACACUAAUUCUUCAGUGAGUUCCUUACUAAGGUUCACAGUGAAGUACAUUGAUUUACUAGCCAGUAAGCUCUUGUUAGCAAAUUCUCAGUUACAUUUUACAGAUUCAAGUUAAAAAUUUAGAUUUAGAAUGUACUAUCUGAUAGCUGUGCAUGCCCAACAGUUUUUAAAAUACUUUAUGUAAGUUUCAGUAGUGGUUUACAUUUUUUAAUUUAUUUAGAUCAAGAAACCUUAAUUUUUUGAAUACUUAUUUUUAUUUUUGGGUGUCUAAAUACGUUUGUUGAUGAUUUAAUUCUAUUGUUAAUUGGCAUGAUAUUACAUAAUGUUUAAACUACCACAGUUUCAUUCAUAUUAUAAACGUGGACAAUUUUAUGUCAAAUAAAAAGAGUCAAGUCAAUGUGUUUAUCUAUUAUUUAUGUACUAGAAUUAAAUAAUUUUAAGAACCAACUAAAGUAGUAGUCAUUAUGUUUUAUUGAAUUACUGUUUAUGAAUCAAACAUUACAUGUAAUUCUUACCUUAAAAUUAUACUUGUAUGCGAUGUAACACCAAUACUAAUCACCUCUAUUUAUAAUAUUGUUAGUAUGAAUAACCAAAAGUAAUUUUUUUCCAGCUUAAUUAUUUGACGACAUAAAUACAUAUAACUAAUUUCAUCCUCGUUAUCUAAAUUCUUUAACCCUAUCUUUUAGUUAUUGCUUAUCUUCAGUUUAUUUUAGAUACAAUUUAAAUAGCUUAUUACGGUGUCUCUUAAAUAUAUGUUGCUAAAAUGUUUAGCAAGUGUUCCUGCUGGUGUAAAUAAUAUUAUUUCUAACUAUGUCCACCAUAAUUAAUCUCUUAUGUGAAAGCUAUUUAAAUGAUGAAAUAUCUUUAUUUCUGGCAUGUGAAUUAAAAAAUAAACACUGACAAUGUAAUAUAAAAUUAGACAUAUUAAUAACUAGUCUAAAAAUGUUACAGUUAUUUAGUUGAUACUAAAUUUUAAAAUCACGGUGUUAGCAACUUUCUUUGUAUUAUUUAGUUAAAAAGAUUUAUUAUUUUAAUAGAAUUAUAAGAGUUCCACUGUAAAAU